CUUUCAUAAUCUCCAAUGGCUACCAUCCUUGCCUUUCUCCUCUUUCUCUCCACAUUUUCUACUGCAACCGCUCAACCAAAACAUCUAAACAUAACCAUAGAUUCUUAUAUCUCUGCCACAACCCACCCCACUUCAUGGAGCUCACCUUCUGGUCUAUUCUCUUUCGGUUUCUACCGUGAAGGCGCCGGCUUCAGAGUCGGAAUAUGGUUGGAGACAAGUCCAAACAAGACAAUCGUAUGGACCGUGAACCGGGAUGACCCGCCUGUUUCCGGAAACAGCACAUUGGUCUUAAUGAAGAAUGGUUUCUCUCUACGAACGGCAGGAGUCCAAGAUAAGUUCUUUCCAAGUGAAUUCCCAUACCAACAUAAUUCCUUGUCAUCAGCUUCGAUGUUCGAUUCAGGAAACUUGGUUCUCUGUUAUUCCGAUUACGGAAACCCUUGGCAAAGCUUCGAUCGUCCAACUGACACCAUCUUAGGGGGCCAAUUCCUUCCGACAGGAGAUAAACUGUUUUCAAGCGCAUCAGAAACUGACCAUUCGACUGGACGCUUUCAGCUGAGCAUGCAAGAUGACGGAAACGUGGUGUUAUUCCCGAUAAAUUACACUACUUCUAUCGAUGCAUAUUGGGCAGCAGCGACUAAUCAAAAAGAGCGCGUGAGCCUAAAUCUCUUCCCAGAUGGCUUCAUGUACCUAGUCAAUGAUACUGGAUAUAAUAAUAGUUUCCUGGCACGAGGCGCCGUUGCUAACAACGGAACUGUCAUCUACCGUGCGACCAUAGACGUUGAUGGGAUUUUCCGCUUGUAUUCCCACAGCUUCACACGGAACGGUAUCUCAACAAUGACGACUGAAGUAUCUGCCCUGUCAAAUAAAUGUCAAGUGAACGGUAUCUGCGGAUAUAACAGCUACUGCAGGUUGGUGGAUGACCAACCCAAUUGCCUUUGUCUUCCUGGUUACAAUUUCAUCGAUCCUGAUCACCAGUUCGAGGGCUGCAGCAGAAACUUCACUAUGGAACGUUGCAUGGCCAAGAAAGAAAAUUUAAAAUAUUUCAUCUCUACAAUGGUGGAUGUGGAGUUUGGAGACAGUUCGUAUACCACUUUACCUAUCACUAAAGACGAAUGCAGAAAUGUUUGUUUGGACGAUUGUGAUUGUGAUGCCGCAAUGUUUCUAAAUGGCACGUGCAAGAAACUUAGGCUUCCAUUGAAGUAUGGGAGAGCAAGCAAAUCAGGAUCAACUACGACUUUCAUCAAGGUGGGUAGCGGAGGUCCCUCUUUGGUAGUUCCAAACACUAAUACCUCAUCGGUGGUUGGAAAGACAAAUACCUCUCCAAACAUCCGAAUGGUAGGUAUAGUCGUUGGUAUAUGUUCAGUUAUUGCCUUUUCCAUUUUCGGUUUUCUUCUUUAUAAGAAACGGACAAAAUGGUAUAGAAAGAGAUUUUGUCAUAGAAAUAUCGAUUUGUCUGAGACAAGUGGUCUGAGAUCUUUUUCUUACAGUGAACUUGUAAAAGCAACAGAUGAUUUCAAAGAAGAGGUGGGAAGGGGUGGUUUUGGAACUGUUUAUAAAGGAGUCUUAUACAACAGCCACAUGAAGGUUGCUGUAAAGAAACUAGAGAAAUUGGUUGAGGAAGGAGAAAGGGAGUUCCGUACUGAGAUGAGGGUGAUAGGGAAAAUCCAUCAUAGGAACUUGGUGCGAUUGCUUGGCUUUUGUGACGAGGGUUCUGUGAGGCUUUUGGUUUACGAAUUCAUCAGCAACGGAUCGCUUGCAAACCUGCUAUUUAAAGCCCAAAGCCGACCACAAUGGAAUGAAAGAUUGAGGAUUGCACUAGAUGUCGCCAGAGGGAUAUUCUAUCUUCAUGAAGAAUGUGAACCGCGUGUCAUCCAUUGUGAUAUAAAGCCUCAAAACAUCCUCAUGGAUGACGCUUGGACUCCAAAAAUCUCUGAUUUUGGGUUGGCGAAGCUGCUUAUGGGAGAUCAAACAAGAACCCUUACAGGGAUCAGGGGGACGAGAGGGUACCUGGCACCCGAAUGGCACAAGAACAUGCCCAUAUCAGUGAAGACGGAUGUUUAUAGCUUUGGGAUCGUAUUAUUGGAAAUUAUAUGUUGCAGGAGGAAUCUCGAGCUUGAGGUUGCGGAUGAUGAGAUUAUUCUCACUGAAUGGGUUUACAGAUGCUUCGAGGCAGGAGAUUUGCAUAAGCUAUUGGAUGAAGAAGAUGAAGUGGAGUCAAGAAUUUUGGAUAGUAUGGUGAAGGUGGGAUUAUGGUGUAUUCAAGAAGAACCAGCUCUUCGUCCUUCCAUGAAGAACGUGAUUCGGAUGUUGGAAGGGAACAUGGACAUACCAAUUCCCCCACGUCCCACUUGAUCUCAAUGUGUGAGAUCUUUUCUGUCUGAGAUGGUUAAGCCGGAUAUGGUCGAUAUUGUGUUAGCUUUUUUAUGGGUGGGGGCGGCCUGAUUGAGUGAGUUGCUGCAAGGUCGGUGGAUGCUGUCAGCUGGAAUGAAGCAGAUACUAGUCUGUUAGAGGACAACUGCUAUAGAUUUUGAAGCUAUGGCUUGGACCUAUGUUCGUCACAGCGAUAUGCUAAUUAGCUGGUGGCAGGGCUCUCUUGGUAUCUGAAGGCUGGCUUUUCUUUCUUUUAGAAUGGUAAACGGGGCUGUAUAAUCAGGCUGCUAGCUUAGUAGAU